AAUCAUCUGUUCAAGUGAAACGAUAACUACUUGUGUUUUGUGGUGUUUCUGAUUGUUAGUUUGUGAACUUAUACGAACAAGUAAUUAUUGAAAAAAUUAUUAUUUCAUAAAAUAAGCAAAAAUGUCUUUUCCAAGAUCAAGAAUAAUCAAUGAUAGAGACAUUGAAGAGUACUUGUCUGCUCUGGAAGGAGGAUAUCUGUCAGAAGAUGGCAUGGAAAUGUCUGAUACGGAAGAUAAUGAGGAAAGUAUCUUUUACACCAAUAGAAAUGAACCGCUACAAGACGUAGAGGAUGAUGAUAAUCUGGAAAAUGAACCUACUUUACAUGAAGAACAAGUUGAUGUGCAUGAUCCCCCUCUGAUUCAAGAAACUGUGGCAUCUAAAGCAGGAGAAAACUCUGCUUGUUCGACUUGGGUAUUAGACAAGAGGAAGCUGAUUUGGAAGAAGAGUACACUUCAGUUUUCUGAGUCAAAUGUUGAAUUUGAAGGAAGCACUGAUCUAGGUACUGAAAUAACAGCCCUAAAAACACCAUAUCAAUGCUUUAACUACUUUUUUACAACUGAACUUUGUAACAAAAUAAUAUCAGAAACUAAUCUAUAUGCCACCCAAUUAAAUCCUGAAAAUAGAUUUAAUUUGUCUCAUUAUGACCUGAAAAAGUUUUUAGGCAUUCUGCUUUACAUGUCUGUUCAGCAUUUCCCCAGCACACGCAAGUACUGGUCAAGGCGUUUUGGAUUUGAACCUAUAAAGCAAACUAUGAAUGUGAAUACAUUUGAAAAGAUCAAAAAAUAUAUCCAUUUCAAUGAUAAUGACAAAUAUAUACCAGUUAACCAACCAGGACAUGACCGCUUAUAUAAGGUGAGACCAAUUAUUGAUAGUCUAAAUCAAACCUUUUCCAGUGUAAAAAAACAUCAAAGACUAUCAAUUGAUGAACAAAUGUGUGCCACCAAAGUGGGACAUUAUCUAAAACAAUAUCUACCAAAUAAGCCCCAUAAGUGGGGAUUUAAGUUGUAUGUUUUAUGUAGUGUUUUUGGAUUUGCCUACAAAUUUGAAAUUUAUUCUGGCCAAGACAUUUCGACAAGACCUGAAGGUGAGCCUGACUUAGGUUCUACAAAUAACAUUGUGCUUCGCUUAACCAGAGAUGUUCCACGAAUGGUCAACCAUAUUAUCUUCUUUGAUAAUUUCUAUACAUCUGUGCCAUUAGUUAUCUAUUUGGCUAAGCAAGGAAUACAUUGCCUUGGCACAAUUCAACAAAACAGAAUUCCUAAUAACAAGCUACCAGACAAAAAAGAGAUGAUGAAAAAAAAUACCCCUAGGGGUACUUAUGAAGAAAGAACAGCGUCAUAUGAGGGAGUUGAUUUAGCUUGCAUAGCAUGGAAGGACAAUAAAAUAGUGACUAUGUUAUCAAGUUACGUAGGAACAGAGCCUGUUUCAACCGUUAAAAGGUUUGAUAAAAAGACGAGGGAAAGAGUUGAUAUAUUGUGUCCAAAGUCCAUUACAGAAUAUAACAGUCAUAUGGGGGGUGUUGACUUGUUAGAUAGUUUCAUGGGUAGAUAUCACAUAAGAGUAAAAUCUCGUAAAUGGUAUAUUCGUAUAUUUUUCCAUUUGUUUGAUCUGGCUGUUAUCAACUCCUGGAUUAUAUAUAAAAAUAAUGCAAUAAAAGAAAAGGUUGCAAAAAAGAACAUUUUAAACUUAGGUGAGUUCAGAAACGAUCUGGCCUAUGUUUUAUGUAACUCAGGCACAAACGAAAAUAAAAGAGGUCGGCCUAGCUCUUCCAGCCUGGAGCAGGAGUUGCAAGCUAAGAAGAAGAGGUUACAAUCAAAACCAAUCCCUCCAUUGGAUAUACGGAUGGAUGGUCUAGGGCACUGGCCAGAUGUUGGUGUGUCGCUUCGUUGUAAGUAUCCACAUUGUACAGGAUACACCACCAUAAGCUGUGCCAAAUGUGGCAUAAAUUUAUGCCUAAACAAAAAUAAUAACUGUUUUACUAGGUUUCACACUACCUAAUAUCAAAUAUGGCAAUUACCUAUAUGUAUAUUAACUGUAAGUGCAUAGUGAUGGAAAAAUCCAUCGCAUGAUAUAUAAUAUAUUAUAUGAAAAAAUAAAUUACUACAACUAUUUUAACAUUUUUUUAUAUAAUAAAGAAACUUUUUCUGCAUCAU